GGAUGGGAGGUCAUAAAUUUGUCUGUGGCCGGGAAAGCUCCCACUCCCUUCUUUUCUACUGCAAGAAAGCGAGCCUUCCGCUCCUCCUGCACUUCUCCUUUCGAGCUUUGGGGCCGCAUAAUUUAGGGUAAGGGAUCUCGCCGUGAGGGCUGGGGUCGGAGUUAGCGCUUCGUCGGUGGAAUUAGGAGGAGGAAGAGGAGAGAAGGCGAUGGGGGAGGAAGAGGCGAAGAAGAUGGAGGCCUCGGCGGAGGCCGAAAAGGGUCUCCCGGAGGAGAAGGUGGUGGCUCAGCCGCCUCCGGAGGAGAAGCCCGACGAAUCCAAGGCUCUUGCUGUCGUGGAGAAGGUUGCAGAUUCUCCUCCACCUGAGAAAAGCGCAGCAGGUUCAGCUGAUAGAGAUGCUGUUCUUGCACGGGUAGCAACUGAGAAGAGAAUAUCCUUGAUCAAGGCAUGGGAGGAAAGCGAAAAGACCAAAGCUGAGAAUAAAUCUCAGAAGAAGAUGUCAUCUAUUGCUUCAUGGGAGAACACAAAGAAGGCAGCAGUGGAAGCUGAGUUGAGAAAAAUUGAGGAAGCACUUGAGAUGAAGAAGGCGGAAUAUGCCGAAAAAAUGAAGAACAAAAUCGCCAUGAUCCACAAGGCAGCAGCAGAGAAGAGAGCAAUUGUUGAGGCCAAGCGGGGAGAGGAGAUCUUAAAGGCAGAGGAGACAGCUGCAAAAUAUCACGCCAAAGGACUUUAUCCAAAGAAGGUACUUGGGUGCUUCAGUGCCUAAAUUUGAUCACAAUAGAAGGUUAGGGGAUCAGCGGAAGCAUCGUCUAGGUGCUGUUUGUUUCCUCAUCCGUGCUUGCUGUUGGUGUUAUGUGGAGUUCUAGAUGAAGUUUCGGUCCAGAUUUCAGUGUGCGUGUGAUGUGCUUGUAAAUAGAUGAUCCGUCCAACAACUUUAAAUGUCCUGGUGAUGUAUCUAUAUUCUUUUAGCUCACAAUGUAAAGAUUAUUCAGCUAUGAAUAAUCCUCCUUCAGUGGCUGGAUGUAAAAGGCAUGCUGCUGGUUUACAACCAUCUUAGUAUUAUCAUGAUAUAAGACAAUCUGCUUGCUGAAAUGUAAUCCAAGAAGUUACAGCACGA